AUGAGGGAGGAAGCCACCUGCCCCAUCUGCCUGGAGCUGAUGACUGAGCCAGUAAUUAUAGACUGUGGACACAUCUACUGCCAUUCUUGCAUAAUGAAAAAUCUUGAGAACCAGCAACAGAAGUCAUUGUCACAAAGAAAGUUCCAGUGUCCUGUAUGUAGGGCAGAGUUUCAAAGGGAGAGCUUCCGGCCCAGUAAGCAGCUAGAAAGCAUCAUCGAUGCCAUUAAGAAAAUGGAGCAGGAACAUUUGUGUGAAGAGCACGGAGAGAAGCUCAGCCUGUUCUGUGAAGACGAUGGUCAGCUCAUCUGCUGGCGCUGUGAGCGGACACCACAGCACAAAGGGCACAACACGGUCCUUGCUGAAGAUGCCUGUCUGGGCUACAAGGAAAACUUCCAGCAAACUUUAACAUACCUUAGGGAACAAGAAGACCAAAAUAAGGAAUGGCAAAGGAACAUAAGACAGCAAAUAAGAAAUUUUCAGAUUGACUUUAUCAAUAAAAAAGAGUGCAUUGAGUAUAGAUUUAAGGUUUUACACAUGAUCCUACACAUGGAAGAGAAAUCUUAUCUAUGGAGGCUGAAGAAUGAAGAAGAGCAAGUUCUGAAGAGGCUGCAGGACACUGAAGCCCAGCUGGAGAAGCAGAGCCAGGAACUGAACAAACACAUACUGGAGCUGGAGAGGAGAUGUCAGGGCUCAGCCCAGGAGUUACUGCAGGAUGCGAGAGACACUUUGGACAGGAUUUCUUCUAUGAAGUUAAAUGCACCAGAGGAUGUAUCGUUGGAUAUUCACACUAUGCUUGAUAUUGAUAUCAUUUUCUGUGAAUUGAUAAAAUUUUUUGAGACUGCUUAUGCUAAGGUUACUCUAGAUCUAGAUACAGCUCACAUUAAUCUACUUGAGUAUGAAUUCAUGAUGACUGAUAAAUCGCCUGACAAUCCUGCAAGGUUUAAAGACUUACCCUGCAUCCUGGGACGUGAAGCCAUCACUUCAGGAAAACAUUAUCUUGGAAUGUUUUCUAUAUGUGGAUCUGAAUGA